AUGCUCAGUCGGCAAUCUCGGCCCGACGUCGUCAGUGGGCAAAUCCUUUGCUUUCAAAUCGCACCUUCUCACUCAUCCACCACCACCAUGCCUGCCGUUGCAACCGGGAAAGUCCUUGUCUCUGGAGCCAACGGCUACAUUGCAGUUUGGGUGGUCCGUUCGCUGCUUGAAGCCGGUUUCUCAGUUCGUGGGGCUGUACGGUCUGCGGAUAAGGGCGCCCAUUUGAAGCAAUUGUUUGCGUCGUAUGGCGAAAAAUUUGAGCUGGUUAUAGUGCCGGAUAUUACCAAGGAAGGCGCUUUUGACGAGGCGGUCAAAGGGGUGGAUGCUGUUGAGCACACUGCAUCGCCGUUUCAUAUGAAUGCGGAUGACCCGGCGGAACUGCUUGAGCCUGCGAUCAAGGGAACAGAGGGAAUCCUUUAUAGCAUCAUGAAGCACGCACCCACUGUGAGGCGUGUUGUGGUCACGUCCUCUGUUGCAGCUGUCUUAAGCAUGCUCGAUAAGCCAAAGGUGUUUGACGAGCGCGACUGGAAUGACCAAGCGGUCGCCGAGGUGGCAGAAAAGGGAAAGGAGGCCAAUAAUGGAUCGAAAUAUCGAGCGUCAAAGACACUGGCCGAGCGCGCGGCUUGGAAGUUUAUGGAAGAACACAAGUCACAAAUUGGGUGGGACCUCGUCUGUCUAAACCCGCCACUGGUCCUCGGUCCCGUCAUCCACGCCGUAUCCUCCCCUGACGCGCUCAACACAUCUGCAUUGAUGAUGUGGGAGGCCUUCACGAAGCCCGGAAAAGCUGUCGGCAGCGGGUCAUUUGUGGACGUCCGCGAUCUAGCCACGGCUCACGUGCAAGCGCUCAUGAACGAGCCGGCUGGGGGAGAACGCAUUAUUGUGUGCGCAGGGCCAUUCUGCUGGCAAGACUGGCUGGACGUUGUCCCUGCUUCGAACACCAACUACGAGAAAGGAACACCUGGGGCAGGGAAAAGUUUUGUCCACUUGAUCAUUUUUGAAAAUGGAAAGGCAAAGAAGCUGCUGGGUCUGGAUUAUCGCACGAUGGAGCAAACAGCCAAGGAUACGUUGGAGGACUAUGAGCAGAAGGGGUGGAUUGCAUAA